GGCGGCCAUCAGCAGCGGAGGAGGCGCGCGGUGCGAGACCGGGGCCGGGACCGGGAUCGGGAUCGGAAUCGGGACCGGGGUCGGGGUCGGGACCGGGACCGGGACCGGGACCGGGGUCGGGGCUGGCGCCGGCCGCUCGCUUCCAGGGAUCCCUCGGGACCGGGCUCCGCCGCCUGAGCGCGGUGGCGGAGCGCGGUGUGGGGGUUCGGCGGGGUUUGACGCGGUGUUGGUGUCGUUGCAGCCACGGCGCAGAAAUGAUCAUCCCGGUCAGGUGCUUCACGUGCGGCAAGAUAGUGGGGAACAAGUGGGAAGCCUACCUUGGCCUCCUGCAGGCGGAGUACACGGAAGGAGAUGCCCUGGAUGCCCUUGGCUUGAAGAGAUACUGCUGCCGCAGAAUGCUCCUCGCCCAUGUGGAUCUGAUUGAGAAGCUUUUGAAUUAUGCACCCCUGGAGAAAUGAGAUGGAAAAAGCACUGUGCUGCAAGCCAUGUGGAACAUAUCUCUAAUUUAAACUUGAAACUGGACUUCAGGCAGUAAAGGAUGAAAGCCAACUGUAGUGCAACCAUCAAGAGAUGCUUAUCUUCUGGAUAAAACACUGCCCCAAGCCACUAACCUCUUUCAAGGAAACAAAGGAAUGAUGAAGUCCACUUAAACAAGAUCUAGAGAUUAAAAGUUUGGAUGCUUGGAGUUGUGAGCUUCUAGAUGCUUCUGCUAGUAAAACCAAAUGUUUGUCCAUGUAGAAAAACUAUUAUAUUUCAUUAAAAUGUUGAAAUAAAGGAGGUUUUUCCCUU